GGCUCCUUCAUGCACAUAAACAGAGAGAGAAAUAUAUAAACUUGUUCAUCAAUCCGCAAUUAUAUUGAAUAUUGAUCAUGAUUUUUCUAACGAUUUGCUUCUCUGCUGCUAAGGAUUCGAUGAAUUUCCAUGAGAUUUUAGGUAUUGGCUGCUUCGAUCAGCAGCACCGCUCCGUUUAUCAUCACCUCCUGCAACUGCUAUCGGAUUUCUCCAGUUCUCUUGACUUCAAUACUGUAUUCCUUGGAUCAGUGAUCACCGGCAUAAUAAUCACCUCUGCUUUGCUCUUUCGAUCAUCUUACACUGAUCGGAAACGCUUGCGCCUUCUCAUACAAGCUUCCGAAAAGCUCCGCGAUGAAGGGAACUUGUCCACAAGUGAAAUCAAACUCAUUCCAGAAUUAGAUGCAGAGUUUACAAGAAAAUUACAGCUUCAGGAAGCUCUAUGGGCAUUAUUAACCUCAGGAACUAAUUCAAUGUCUAGUUAUCAUGAACAAGCAAGAGAAAUAUGCGAGUCAUCCAAAACCACCUGUCAAAUAUGUUUCGAAGAUAAAGAAAGACAAGAAAUGUUUAUAAACAAAAGAUGUCCUCACUCCUUCUGUUACGACUGCACCAGCAAGCAUAUUGUGUCGAAAGUUCAAGCUAACAAGAGGAAGAUUCCAUGUCCACAAAUCAAUUGCAAGGCCACAUUAGAUUCCAACACUUGCAGACGCAUCAUACCGAAAGAAAUUCUCAUAAUGUGGGAUGAUUCCCUUUGUAUGUCACUCUUCUCGGAAUCAGAAACAGUUUAUUGCCCGUUUCGCGAUUGCUCAAUGUUUCUAGUCAAUGAUUCCGGGCAAGUCAUUACAAAGAUCAAUUGCCCAGCAUGUCGAAGAUUGUUCUGUGCUUCUUGUCGAGUCCCUUGGCAUCCAGAAUUCAGCUGCAGUGAGUAUAAGAGACUAAACGCUAGAAAAUCAGGGAAAGAAGAUGAAAUGGCGAGGGAAUUAGCGAGGAAAAAGAAUUGGAAACAGUGUCCGAAAUGCAAAUACUAUGUAGAUAAAUACGAGGGCUGUUUGCACAUAACUUGUAGAUGUGGAUACGAGUUUUGUUACAAAUGUGGAGCAAAAUGGAGCAAGCAUUCUACUUGUCAAUAAGAAGGAGGGUAAAUAAGCAUUUCUAAGAGUGGAGACAGGGGUCCUCUUGAAAGGAAUAAGAUUCAUGGAGAUUAAUUGGUUUCUUUUGCAAUAGUGGAGAGGAAGACCCAUAAAGGAAUAAUUAAAUCAUAAUCUGAAUAGUCAAGAAUAUGAAGAACAUCAACUAGUUUAUUAGUCAGCUCGGGUUAUUUUAGUUAGUUUGAUCGAUUAUAAAUCGACCGAUUAUAAAUCGACGAGCUCCCUUUGAUUCGGCUUUUAGUGUACCUUGUUAGCAUUUCACAAGGAUUAAGCUGAAUCAUACUAACAAAUCAUCAGUGGAGUAUGUAAAGAUCGAACGAAUAAAUAUUUGAAGUUUUAGUUAUUGAUUGUUGUUGAUUUUA